UCUUUGUCAAGAAAAAUUUGCAUAAGCUUUCUCAGAAGACGAUGAUCCAAGCUGCUUUUACCAUCUUUGACGUAAUUCAGCGAUAUAUCAUCAUGACGUCACCUCGAUAAUGUUCGUCGAGACAACACAACUUUCUACAUUUCAUUAUUUAGUGGUCAACGUCUGAAAGCGUAAACGGUCAUUUCUCAUUAUUUGGUAAAUUUCAUUAAUAUUUUAGACCUGUAAUAAGAUUCGUCAACCGAUGAUGCAUGCAAAUAGGGGAAUCUCCGAAUCUAUACAGCCACGUGAUCAAUAAAUUCCACAGAACGUCAUAAUAGUGUCGCAGAAAUGUUGCACCAUCAUUUUCGUCAGGCGUUGAACUCGACUCCGUCGGGAAAUUGCGUUCAAAUACUGAAGUAAUCGACUAAAAUACCUACUUCCGAGAAAUCAGUGGAAUUAGUAAGCUCCAAAGUUGAAUUUUGCUCUGAACGCAGAAUUUACAAGGUGCUAGGUGUUUCUACGGAGUUUAUUGCUGAGUUGGCAUCUCUCUACCCCAGCCACCAGGGGUCAGUGUGAUACAGGUUGAAGGCAAACGUACUCAGAACAGGCUGUAAAACAAGACAUGAAGAUCCUCGCCAAGGAAAUCCUUGUGCUGCUACAAGUGCUACCAUGGAUGAUAUUAUCUGCCGUAGCAAAGCCCCUACCAGGUUGCUCACAGACAUCAGAAAUUGAACUCUAUGACCCCAUUGAUCCAGCUAAGACUAUAUGCAGAAUAUGUCCUGAGUGUCCCGAAGGUCAAGGAUUGACCCCACAGUGUGGUAGCAUGGUUCGAAAUGACACCAAAAUAGAAUGUUUACAAUGCCAGGCAAAUGUGACAUAUUCCAACAGCCAUGGCAUAGAAAGUUGCAAGGCUUGCCAUGAAUGUGGUUUAAAGAAUGUAAUUCAGCACUGCACACCAGACAAAAAUCGCAAAUGUGGAACAAAGUGUCCCCAAGGAUAUUUCCUGGAUGACAAUCAUAUCUGCCAGGAAUGCUAUUUUUGUUGUGACAGUGUCAGUGAAGCCCAGAGACGUCAAGGGUGCAAAGACAUUGGAAUGAGCAGGGACUGGCAGUGUGAAAAAACUGAGCAAAAUCGGUACUGUAAGGAUCAGCUAGCCUUUAAAAAAGUGACACCUAAACCAACUGACACAGAACCAACUGUCCCUCCUAAUCAUAAUACCAUGACUGAGAAACAUGUUAAAACCCAAGUUCAUGACAAAUUUGCAACUACCUUGCCACAUGAACCUGGCAAUAACCUUACUAGGUCACAAAUUUUAUCAGGUGAUGGAAGUACACAUACAACAAUUCAAGGGACAGGAAAUUUGACAGUGUUAGCUGAAAGUGAUAAUUCUGCAAAUGCAGCCCAAUCAACAAACAAAGAUGAGGAGAAAGAAGAACAUGGAGCUGUAUCCUUAAGAGUUGUUUUAGGAGUAGUAAUUAUUAUCUUCAUCAUCUCAACAUUGGCCCUAAUGACCUCAAAACGUGUACACCAGUUUUGCCAGUUUUCAAGAACAACCCAAAGAAACCUGGCAGAUAAUGGUGAAUUGAUACCACUGAACUCCAUCUGUGGACACACAGAUUCGGGCCGAGCAUCUCCUCAAGACAUAUUAACUGAAGUCCCUCCAUUGUCUUGGGCAGAUAACAACGUGACAACUGAAGAGCAGGAAGAGUGUGGCAAGGAAGUUUGCAAGCCAAAUCCAGCAGAAAUUCCAACAGAUUGUCGCAUCUCUGAGAUGGAACAGUUGCGUGACGAUGAAGGUUAUUUGAUGUUAUUCUACAUUCAAAAAAAGCUUGAUCCACUUGGGACUUCAAAUCGAAAAACAUGGCGCAGCAUUGGACAAGUGUUUCAAGUCAGCUCUGAUGAUUUGAACAUGAUAGAAACUGAGUAUAUAGCAAGGAGAAGUCCUACAGAAAGCCUGCUCGAACUAUUAAAAAAUCGUGAGAAGGAACCCACUAUGAGAGAGUUUGUUCAAGCCCUUAUUAUUUGUGAUAGAUAUGAUGUGGCACAUGUCAUCUGCAAUUGGCCUUGGGCAAAAUACUUUGUACCAGUUCACAGUGAUGUGGUUCAGUAGGCAACAACCUGAGGCAAUGAAGUUCAAGUUGGUGACAUAAAUCUUUCAACAGAAAGUUGAUGGUUACACAGCAAAAGCAGUUGGUCAAAGAACACCUGGUUACAGAAUCCCAGGAUGAAGCCCAGAAAAAUAGCACUUCAGCUGGGACGAAACCUAUCUCAUGCCAUCAACCUCCUAGGUUAGUUCCACUGCAAAUGUUCUGAAAUAGGAGGUACAUGUCCGCAGAGACAGAAUAAAAAAAACAUCAAUAUUGUGAACUGCAGGGAAUGAAGUUGUCUAAAGCGACUUAAUGUAAGUGGUUGUAAAGAAACCUUUGAUGACCAUCGUGAUACGGGGUAUCAAAAAAAGUAAGCUCCUUGCAGCAGUUGGUCUCUGCAACUGCUUGCAGGGUGCAGCCACUGGGGGCAUGGCAAGAAUAAUUGUGCCUGAACAAACUUAUUGCAUCUAAUGAUUUACAGAAGAUAAAUCAUCACAUGUGAAUUUAUAUGGACAGCAGCAGUUACAAGCUUUAAUGUCACUGAAGUGAAAGCACUUUAUGCAGAGAAGGCCCAUACAAUUACAUGCAAGGCUUCUUUGAAUGGAUUCAAACCAAUGGAAGAAUAGCAAUCACUAAAAAAGUGGUUCGCAGUUAUAAAGCAGUUGCAAAUGGUAUUCAAACCAAUGACCUUUGCAAUUACCUGUAUAUAGAGUUUCAUUACUCCAUAUGGCAGUCAAUACAUGUAAUCCUACUGUAAUUCAUAAAUACAAACUAUACUAAAUAUUACAUUAGCACUAUUUUAAUCAGACUAUUAUACUAAAUACUAGCAGCUUUUUUAGCUUAUAAAUCGCAACACAUUACUCUUCGCUCUGCAGAUGUAGCUUUUAAACUAUUUUACCAUUGAAAGGACUCAGCAUUUUUCUAGAGAUUUCCAAAAAAUAUUUCAAACAUUUCAGUUCCAGGAUGUGUUUUCCAAGCAUAACACUACUGGCAAUUGUUUUCCUCAACAUUGGUUAAUCGAGGCAAGGCACCAUCAUUUACAAAGACUAUCAGUAUCUUGCUUUGUUGCGAGUUUAAUACUACAUUUUGGAGUAUGUCAGUUAUAGGAUAUAAUAAUGGCCCACAUCAUUGUAGCUGCAUUAAACAUUUUUAAAUAAAAUUAUUCAGUGCAUAUCUUAUCACUAUUAUUAUGAGCUAUUCCAGACUUAUGGCUUGUUUUUAAUUGUAUAUUUACUCCUACAUCAUAUCUAUCACUAUUACUACUAGCUAUUCCAGACUUCUGCUUGUUUCAAAACGUAUAUUUUUUAUGAUCCUAGGUUAGCCCUCAUUGUUAUUCAGUGCCUUCUAAAUCGUCAUUUAGUUUUCUUAAGGCAAAAUUAACUGUUAGUAAUGUUUGUAAAGACAAUAAAAAAUAACAUCCAAGAUAAAAAGUGGCCUUCUACAUUUGUUCUAAUUAUUACCAACUACAUGUAGGAAAACCAUUUUGCUUGUGUGACAGCUGCACAGUUACAUUACUUCUGAAUGCUUUGCCUAUAGGGAAGCUUAGCAUGCAGGGAGAAGGAUUUCAGUGUGAUGGUGCCUGGUAGGUGCCACUCACAGGGAUGUCCUAGGGCUUGGCUCCACCAACCUUACAAGCAGCCUAUGACCCCCAACUAUAUUGUUGAUGUGUUUAACCAGAAAUAAAAGGGGUUGCUAUUAUUGCCUUACACUUCAAUUAACUAAUGGAUAUUCAGCAAUCACAAGAGUCUUUUUAAUAUUACUUAGCAUAUAUUUUUAUUAUUCAGCUCAUUCAAGUUUCAAUUUUUACAAUUCAUCACUUUCAAGUUAAACUUGUGAAGUUGUUGCUAUAGAUCGCUACAUGAACUUGAGAGGAAACAAAACAAUAGUAAAAAGAUCAUAACACGUCAGUACAGAUACAUUGCUUGAAGUUUAAUGGCAAUGGUAAAUGGUCAAGUGAAAGCCUCAUGAUUGAAUUUGUCGUGAUUGAAUUUGUCAAAUUACUCACUGGAUUAUGACUGAAUAUGUUAAAUCAUUACUGGCUUUCAAAUGUACAGUGAACAUGACAGGUGACAUCUAUGAUUUAGAAUAAUUCUCAAACUCAUCAGUACAUUAUUUUAAUUCAUCAAGUUUAAACUAAGGAAAUCGUGACUGUGAGAGUGUUUGGAUAUCUGAUCUUAAUUAGCAUAGAUCUUUACGAUUUUAUUUUCC